AUGACCGACAAGAACGACGAGCUGUACGAUGAUUCCUUUUACAUUGGUCGUUGGUUCCGCGAAAUGCGGCACAGCAAAAUCCUCAUGACGCCAGUGGCCCUUUUGUUUUUUACCCUCUUUGGAGUCGUGGCCUUGUUCAAUUUGGUCAUGUCCUUUCCUGGUGUCAUAUUGGGUCUGAUCCUGGCUCCCAUACUGAGACGAAACGCCUUUUACAUUGAAUUCCUUUAUCCAUGGGCAGUCGCCAAAUGGGGACAUUUUUUCUUGGUCAACCGAGGAGCCAACAACCAGUUUAAGAAAUCCGACAAGAAUCGUGGAUUUCAUUCUCGAACCAUUGAACAACGCGUGGAAGUGGUUCCUGGUCGAGUUUACAUUCAUCCCAUCCCUCAAUUUGGGGACAAUCUUGGAUACUUGGUCGUUUGUCUGCCAGCAGCUUCGGGUGAUAAGAUUAUUGCUUUCAUGGUAGAUUGUGGUCAAGCGGAUUCGGUAGUUCGCGCCAUAGAACUCAUUCAAGAGUUUCAUUACCGCAAAAAGAAGAUUGAAAUCCAGUCCAUUCUUUGCACUCACAAACAUCACGAUCACACGGGAGGAACCUUGAACUUGAUGAAACACAAAUCGGACAUGGGAAAAACUAUUACCAGAGUCUUUGGUGGAGUAGUGGAGAGAGUACCAGAAUGUACUGACUUUGUCGCCAAUGGGGACAUUUUGGAACUCCCCAAAUCCGAAUUCAACAACAAUAUGAACUUGUUGGUGGAAGUGGAGGUGAUUGCAGUCCCAGCACACACCAGAGGCAGUGUCGUGUUUCGUUUGAGGCCAAAGGUAUCGGGAACAUCCGAGUUUUUGUUCAUGGGGGAUGCCAUGUUUAGUGGUGGUGCGGGUGUCCCCUUUGAAGCGGAUGUGGGACAAGAAACAGAGAAACAACUCAACAAGGCCAAUGGCAACUCAUUUUUCAAAGGUGGAAUUGGACCCGUGGCAGUCGAACGAUGCUUUUCCGAAAUUUUGUCGAGAUCCAUGCCCGAUGAUAACAGUAUGGAAUCCAUGGAACGAAUUUUGAUUUUCACGGGACACGAGUACACAUCGGAGCUCUUGGCGAGACAAUUCAAUGCCCAAAUGGAAUCCUGUCGGUGGCGAUUAUUUUCACCGAAAGACUUCUUUGAAACAGCGGCACAGUUGUACACGGCGAUACAUCGUCGGUCCUUGCCACACAAUACUGGCAAACUCCUGAAUAUUCCUUCUCCGCUCAGUCGGGAACUUUACAUCAACCCAAACUUUCGGUCCAUGAAACGAUCUGCGGAAUUUGUCAUUCGAGCCAUUAACUUUUGGUACGAUAACUUUUGUAAAUUCAAGGCUUCACCAGCCCUUCACGAUCAAAAGAAGGAAAAGAAGAAUCAAAAGCGCAAGAAAAGCCAAAAGACACCUUCCCAGACCAAGAGCUGGACCUUGGAUGCGGAGAAUUAUAGUCACAAUGCUUUUACAACCGUUUACACGGAAGAUUUGGAGGAUUUGAUCAAGAAUAUCGAAGCUGGCAAAGUUGGAAGGAAAGAGGGAGCGGCAAAGCUUCGAGAAAUCACUCGGAAAUUGGGGGAUCCUGCAGUCAACAAACGCCCCAUACCUGGAUUCCUUCCAUCGAAUAAGAAUAUUUGGAGAGGUGUCAGUGGUCUUGCCCGUCUUGGAUCCAAGCCAUCAGGAAUGACAUUAUCAGAUAGUCAGAAAAUGAAGACUGCCCCACCAAUCGAUUCCAACAGUGAUAGAAUCCUAGUCAGCCUCCAACGUCUGUUGCUCGUUCUUGGGCGCUUGGGCUUUUUGCAAACGGACGAAGGCAUGGACAUUACUUACAGAGUGAAGCAAUUAUUUAGGGAGGCCAGCGUCAUUAUGAAGCAGGAGUUCGAUGCUGAAAUGGACGAAACUCAGGAUGAGAUUGAGCUUGGAGUUCUCAAAUGGAUGCUUUACGGAGUGGAACCGACGCAGCCGUCUUGUCUUGCAAAAACUUGCUGUAUGCCCUUUUCGUCCAACAAGGCGACACAACGAGAGUUCCCGCAGCAUCCUGCCGUUCAUUUCAAGAAGAAAGUUGGAGAGCUGGUAUCGCAUGAUAUAUACACUUGCAAAAUUUGCCGCCACGCUACGGGAUGUUUUGAUGUUUCCAGUGUGGAUAAUCCAGAUGAGAAGCCUGUUGAAUCCGACGACGAAUUACCAUCCGAUGAGUUUGGCCUCGAAAUCCCACUCGACGAAGUCGAGCCAUCCACCAAAGAGCCAGACGGACCGAAAAACACAAAGUCGUCGGAAUGGAAUGACGAAACCCGGACUGAUUCCGACAGUAGAUCACAAUCGGAAAUGCAGCAAAGAUUGGGUGGAGUGGAAGUUCAAGGCUCGUCAGUAAAUGGGGUGGAAAGCGUAGAAGUCGAGACAUUGGACGGCAAGCCCAAGGGACAAGAUUCGCUGUUGAGUCAACAGCAAAAGGAUGAGGAAGAACUAUCAGAACUUGUUUCUCAGUUGACAAUAUCAGUCGGAGUAGACGGUGAAGAAGAUACGGAAAUUUCACUUGAUGGAAGAAGACAAUAG